AUGCUCCUCACCUCGGCCCUCGACACCGCCCGAACAGCGUCCGCACGACGCCUCAUCGCCCGUGCCGCGACCGCCAGCUCGUCGCGAUGCCUCGCCACAGCGACCGACGGCGCGCCAGAGGCCACGCCGAAGCGGCGAUUCCCCAAACUCGACGACGGGUUGACGUUGGGUGACUUUGUCUCUGGCGAGCCCCUGCCGGACCCUGAGUCCCCCUCUGACGAUCGGUCUGACUUCUGGCCCCGUCUGCCGUCCUUCCUGAAGCACCCGAUCCCGCGCGGCAAGUCGUACACUUCCAUCAAGCAGGACCUGCGCGGCCUCGGCUUGCACACUGUGUGCGAGGAGGCCAAGUGCCCUAACAUCGGCGAGUGCUGGGGUGGCGGCAAGGGCACGGCGACUGCCACCAUCAUGCUCAUGGGUGACACGUGCACGCGUGGCUGCCGAUUCUGCUCGAUCAAGACGUCGCGCGCGCCGCCUCCGCUGGACAUCCACGAGCCCGAGAACACGGCCGAGGCCAUCUCGCGCUGGGGUCUGGGGUACAUUGUCCUGACGUCUGUUGACCGCGACGACCUCGUCGACGGUGGUGCGGCGCACAUUGCCAGCACGAUUAGCAAGAUCAAGCAGAAGGCGCCAAAGAUCCUUGUCGAGGCGCUCACCCCUGACUUUGCAGGCAAGGGCGAGGAGACGAUUGCGAUGGUCGCGACUUCGGGCCUCGACGUGUUUGCGCACAACGUCGAGACGGUUGAGCGGUGCACGCCGUUUGUGCGUGACCGCCGCGCCAACUUCCAGCAGUCUCUUGACGUUCUCAUCACUGCCAAGCGUUCGGCCGAGGCUGCCGGCAAGGAGAUCCUCACCAAGACUUCUAUCAUGCUCGGCGUUGGCGAGCACCCGGACGAGAUUACGGAGGCGCUCAAGCGUCUCCGUGAGGCCGAGGUUGAUGUGGUCACGUUCGGCCAGUACAUGCGCCCGACCAAGCGUCACAUGAAGGUCGACCGGUAUGUCGAGCCCGACGAGUUUGCCAAGUGGAAGCAGGUUGCCGAGGAGAUGGGCUUCCUUUACGUCGCGUCGGGUCCUCUGGUUCGCUCGUCCUACAAGGCUGGCGAGUUCUUCAUCGAGAAUGUCCUCAAGAAGCGCCGUGCGGCGGCUGCUGAGCGCGCCACGGCCGAGCUCUCUGCCGCCGGUGCCAAGGCCGACGAGGUCUCUGUCUAG